AUGGCGAAUUGGAUGGAGGGAGGACACUUGACACCUUUACGAGAUUCCGCGAUCCGCACUAGCAAGCCGCUAAGAAAGCUUUGCAUUACAGCCACCAUGGUGUUCGUUCUGGGCGUCAACUUUGCAGAGACCAGAUUGGUCAAGAAAGCACUAGAGUCCUUCUACGGCCUUGGACCUCUACUGUCGGAACGCAUCAUGGCCAAAUAUUCGAUACACAAACUCGCAACAAUGGGCUCAUUGGCCCCGAGAACUGUCACCUCGCUGACAGCCGAACUGGGCCAGAUGCCCAUCGAGAGCGAUGCGCGAAAAACGCUGCAGGACAACAUCAAGAGAUUAAAAGAUAUGGGCGCAUACAGAGGCCGUCGACACGCCAUGGGCCUGCCGGUACGAGGUCAACGAACGAGAAAUCAGAAUGCGACGCCGAACAAGCUCAACCGCGUCAACCGAAAGGGCUGA